UUGGAGAGGGAGGUUGGGGAGAGAGAGAGUGAAACAGUUUGGUGGGUCGGAGGGAAGAAGGUGGAUGCUGCACGGAGGACGAUUGAAAUCAAUUUUGGGAUUUUUCUGUGUUUGAUUUGAAGAGAAAGAAAUUGUUUGGGGGUCUGAUUCGUCAUUUUUUUUCGUUCCGUCCUAUGCAUACCAAACAUAACACGAACCUCCAUUUCGUUCCGUUCCGUCCCGUCCCGUUCCGUUCCGUCCCGUCUGCGUACCAAACGCACCCUCACUGAACGUUAGACUCGCUAGGGUUUGGGGGAUUUGGGGUUUUCCGAUUGAAAUUGGUUGUCACCGGCCUUCGGCAGCUAACAUGGUUGCGCUCCACAACUUGAAGGCCCUCAGAUUUGGUUAUUCGCAAUCUUCCCGCAUAGUUGCUUCCAUAACUCAACGAUUUCUCUCUGGGGAUCCAAAACCCUCACAUUUUCCUCUUCAAGUUCAGAUACUCUGCAGACAUUUCACCUCAGAAAUCUCAGAAACCCAACCCAAUGUCGCAGUCAAUUACCUGAUAAACUCAUGUGGGUUGUCACCAAAAGAUGCAAUUUCAGCAUCCAAGAGGGUCAAACUGCGAUCCCUAGAAAGAGCAGACUCCGUUUUGGCCUGUUUGAGAAACCAUGGAAUCUGUCAGACCCGAAUCACAAGCGUCAUCAAACAUCGCUCAGAACUUCUUCAAGCCGAUCUGGAGAAAACCGUUUUGCCACAGCUUGAGUUUUUCAGGUCUAUUGGAGUUUCAAGGGAAGACCUUGCAACAACUCUGUCAUAUAAUCCGCGGCUUUUGAUCACAAACUUGGAAAAUCGGAUUGUACCCACUUACGAUUUCCUCAGGAGUCUGCUUUCUGCGAAACACGUCGCUUCUGUUUUCAAGGCGGGCUCGUGGAUUUUCGUGGAAGGCCACUCCAAGAAGGUGGCGCCAAAUAUUGAGGUUUUGAGAGAAUCAGAUGAGGUUAUGAAAAUGGGUUUUAAUCUGGAAAAAACAUCUUCUGUGAAGGCAAUACGUGCAUUGUGUGGUAGGUCUAAGUUGAAAUGCAAUCGAAAUCGAGAAGUUUAUAGGAGGUGGGGCUGGUCUGAGGAUGUUGCUCUCUCUGCUUUCAGGAAGAACCCACUUUGUAUGAUUCAUUCGGAAAAGAAAAUAAUGAAAGCAAUGGAUUUUUUUGUGAACAAGAUGGGAUGGUCGUCAAUAACAAUUGCCAAAUACCCAGGGGUCAUCUCUUUCAGUUUGGAGAAGAGAAUUGUCCCGAGGUGUUCGGUUGUCAAGGUUUUGUUGUUGAAAGGACUGAUAAAGGAAGUCGAAAAAACUAUGAGUUUGUAUUCUCUUUUGUUCCCUGCAGAGAAAAUCUUCUUGGAGAGUUUUGUAACCAAAUAUCUUAAAGAAGUACCUCAGUUGCUGAAUGUUUAUCAAGGGAAAGUGGAUGUCUGGGAUGUCUGAUCUCCAUACGUUAAAGCGGGUGACAUCACUUAAAUAUUUUAGCUUGCUUCUACUCCAUAGCCUAGCUUCUUCUGGUUAUAUCUAUAUGUGCUUUCUUAUGAAGGAACUGCUUGAGUUGGCAUGCUAUCUGUGGUGUCAUGAAAAUCUCUUGUUUUGUUGAAAUAUGCAAACAUAUUGGGUUGAUCGGGGUUCAGUUUAGUCCAUUUUCAAGCUAUAAAAUGUCAAUGGCUGUCAGUCCCCAAAUACAUGUAGUGCUUUUGGCUGGUGAUUUGGUUCUUCAGGGAUCAAGAAACCUAAUUCGACGUGUAAUGAAGGGUGAUCUGCUGCUAAUUGUUAUCUUUGUGGAUGAACCUAUGUACAAAUCCUCCGAAGCUUUGCUGUUUCAAAAAGAGAGGUCAGGGAUCAAUUGUACUGUUUCCAAAAAACUAUGAAGCAAGGAGUUCUUUAGUCUACCCUUGCACGAUAGUCUUCUAGUGUUGCUUCUAAUUUUCAUUUAAACAAAACUUAGUGUGUGUUCCA